AUGGACUUCGCAACCGGUCAGUCGGACGAGAAUCUUGACGCAGAGAGGCGCCAGAAGUAUAGAGGAUCCGCCCGUAUAAACCUAGAAAACUUAACAUUCUGCUCUUCUAAUGGCAGCAAGCUUGAUGGAGAAGUCGUAAACGAUCUCAAGGCGCGUUUCGAAAGCGAUGAGUGCUUCCGGCUGGAUAAGCGCAACCACAUACCCGCGAAGAUCGACCAAAAAGUUUUAGACAGGGCCCUACAGCUCUCGGGUGUCUCGGCGGAUGCGCUGCAAGGCAACGGGUUGAAUGGGUAUCCGCGGUUGACAUUCCCCCAUGGCUGUCGACUCAGAUGCCUGGAUGGGCGCCAUAGGUUGCAGGCCGCAUCGGAGUUUUUCAGGUUCUCCAAGGACAGAUGGUGGACUGUUGAUCUAUACCUCUCAGAUAUUAACUUCGAGUUGAAAACAUACCUCAGCGAGCAGUAUGUAGAGCAGAAAAAGCCAAGGGAUGGUGAAAUAUAUCUCAUGAUACAGAAGUACAAUCGAAAUCCGGAUCGCGCCGAUCUCAAGAAUUGGUGGCUGCAUAUGUUGGUGCCCAGUAGGCGACUCAAUAUCCAGGCUAUCAGUCGUCACCCCAAAAUCGAAGCGGCGCUGAAUUCUCUACUGGACAUACCAGGGCUGUGGUAUGGGACAGGCUUCAGACUUUCGACAUGGCAUAAGAUUUUCUCCAUGAAAUGUGACGAGGACAUUGUCGCCUACCUUGAGCAUAUCAAAGCGGUCUGGUCAAGUAUCCUUGGCGAAGACCGCGAGAAGCUUCGAACCAUCGAUCAAGUUACCGUCGAGGCCUUGCAGCUGAAAGCCCCUGGUGCGUCAGAGUCCGACUUUGCCACACUUCAAGGUCAGCUUGCGAGUGGCCAGAUAUUUAGCGGUUUGUCUCAAACUGAGCGGGAGAUGAUAUCACAGAGACUGGCAAAGGUAGAAGGCAUAAUUCCCUCCUUCGUUAGCUUCUUCGACGACCUCAACUACCACGGAGACGUGGUCCGCUGCAUGCAAAGACUGGUGCCAAGAUCGGUGAAGAUUUCGACCGUCACCAACUUCUUUGACCACUUCGAUGCACGCAGGCUAUGCGAGCAGGAGUUAGCCAUUCAAACAUCCGAAGCUGUCUUCGAGAUCAAGUCCGGUGACGAGAUGUCCCAGUUCUUGGUCGGCUAUCUACAGCUUUAUACAUACGCAGCCCGAUUCUACGACAAAAUCCCCGAUCAGCCGACUAGGAGCAACAUCAAAGUCCGAGCAGGAUAUCGGCCUGCCUGCGUCUGA